AUGAUCAAUGCAAAACCUGUUCCCACUCCCUUGCCUGUUGGACUUAAGUUAGUUCUUGAUGAUGGUCAUGUCCUUCCUGAUCCUGGCCGUUUUAGGCGCUUGGUUGGUUGCCUUCUCUACUUGGGUUUUACUCGCCCAGAUAUCUCCUUCGCCGUCCAGCAACUUAGUCAGUUUCUUCAGGCACCUCGGCGCUCUCCUUGGGAUGCAACAUUGCAUAUUCUUUCCUACCUCAAGGGCACUCCCACCAUCGGUUUGUUCUUCUCUUUUGCCAGUUCCACUCAGUUCACUGCUUACUCCGAUGCUUCGUGGGCUUCGAGUUUGGAUUCUCACUGUUCGAUUAUUGGCUUCCGUGUGUUCUUGGGCUCCUCCCUCAUCUCGUGGAAGACAAGAAAGCAAGGUACGAUUUCUCGUUCUUCCGCCAAAGCUGAAUAUCGUAGUAUGGAAUCCAUUGUCUACGAACUUCUUUGGAUUUCUGUGUCUCUGCCAAUUCCUUUUUGGUGCGACAACAAAGCUGCCCUUUACAUCACUGCGAACCCGAUCUUUCACGAGCGCACUAAGCACUUGGACAUCGAUUGUCAUCUUGUUGGGGACCAGUUUAAGCUCGGUUUCAUUUCCCCUUCGCACAUCCGCAACUCUGAUCAAUUGGCCGUCCUUUUCACCAAAGCUCUUCCUUCCCCUGUUUUUGCUCGUUUCCUCUCCAAGAUGUGUCUUUCUUCCACGCCUCCAUCUUGA